UGCACGUCUUGAUCUUGAAGUUUGAUUAUUAUUUAAAUGGUUUUCACGCCAUGAUCCAAGGCCAACUCAGCCCCUGUUUUCUCUUCCAUUAUUUUCCACCAAACCAAACAUAACUCCACAUGCCCUGUUUCAUCACCAUUCAACCUCUCUUAUGACCCCACACCACAGCCACACCCCCCAAUCCCCAUUACCAACUCUUCACUCUUCAUCCUAUAAAUAACCAACUCAUCAAACACCAAUAUUUCCUUCUUAAAUAUACUAUCUAACAUAUCUAAAUCUAUAUAUCUCUCUAAGCAAAGCCAAGCCAGUACAAGAGUUGAGUUGGGAGCAGUUAUGGCUAUCGUAUUGAAGAAGCGUUAUGCAUACUCGAAGAUGGAAAAGGAAGACCCAGAAGAGAAAAACCAUCGAAGGGCUCAGUUCUUGAUCUACAAAGUAAUGGAGCAAUCCGAGUCAAGAAAAAGAGCCUCGUAUUUGAGACUAAGAAUAAGGAAGUUGAAGGUGAAGAUCGGAAAAAGACUGACCAAGUUGAGAAAAAGUCUAAACGCAGCUAGAGUUAACGUCUACAGACAAGUUUCUACUCAAUUGAAAACUUGUAAACGUUUGUUCGGCGGUUCUGGUGGUCUGACGACUCUUGUUCCUUUGUUCGCAUGAUCUUCAACAACAUAUAUAUAUAUUUUUAAUUUUCUUAUGUCUUUCUUUUCAUAAAUUUUGCUUAUGUUUUUUCUAAGAAAACACAUCACGAUUGAGUCAAUGCCAAUGCCAUGUGGUACUACUCUACUACCCGAUCAUAAUCAAUACAUACAUAGUUUUAUCUUCUUCCUUGA